CCAGCCUGCUUCCUGACGGGCUCGCCUGGAUGAUGCUCUUCUGUCGGGCUUGCGGCGCCUAGCGGUCCACGAUGUAACUUACAACUGAACACAGCAUCCUCAGCAUCUGUCACAUUUAACACACGAAGCCCAUGAACAUUUUCAAAGAGCAAUGGGUCGUUGUUGGCGAUUAUUGAUCAAAUCACGUUCAGCUGUGUUUGCUGUCUUGAACACACCCCGCUGAGUAUCUCGACAUUGUUAAGGGGGAUAAUGGCUGCACAGGAGCCGUCUCCACCGUCCACCCUGGAAGGCAACAAACCGGGCUUUCCAAAGAAAAUCCUAGCUAACAACCUGGAUGACGAGCAUUUGUGCAAUUCGUGCCAGAAAAUCCUGAGGAGGCCCCUGCAAGCUCAAUGUGGUCACCGCUUUUGUUCGUUCUGCUUCAACAAAAUCGUGAGUUCUGGACCUCAGAAAUGCAGCGCUUGCAUCAAAGAAGAAUUGUUUGAAGAGCCCACCUCCAUUCUCAAGCAAGGCGGUGCCUUUCCUGACAACGCAGCGCGGAGAGAGGUUGAGGCCUUGGCAGCUGUCUGUCCCAACGAAAGAUGCACGUGGACGGGAACUAUCAAAGAGUUUGAGGCCUGCCAUGAGGGAAACUGUGACUUCAUGAUCAUCCUGUGUCCCUCCUGCAAAGAGCUGAUGAGAGCCAACGAGCAGGAGCGGCACAUCGAGAGAGAAUGCCCCGAGAAGACGCUCAACUGCAAAUACUGCAAAGAGCCCUUCCUGUUAAAGAACAUCAAGGCUCAUGAUGAGAUCUGUCCAAAGUACCCGCUGAUCUGUGAAGGCUGUGCAAAGAAAAAGAUCCCCAGAGGAAAGUAUGUGGACCAUAUUAAAUUCUGCAGUAAAUUUAAAGCACCAUGCCGAUUCCAUGUUGUUGGCUGCGAUACGUCUGUGGAGAAAGAGAAGAUCCAUGACCAUGAGAGGCAGUGCUCAUACGAACACCUCAACAUGCUCCUGCAUUUCAUCAUGGGCAUCAAGGUGAGCCUGGAGAGCCUGCAGCCCCAGAGCCUGGAGGCCGCCAACCACAAGCUGCAGGAGCUGCACCAGUCCCUCCGGGAGCUGGAGCUCCAGAUGAGCCAGCUGGUGGGGGGAGGGGGGUUGGCGGCCUCCGUGCAGGGUGCCUGCGCCCCCACCCUGGCCCCCUCCUGCACCCCGCUGCCCAACGGCGUGGAGGCUGCUCUGGAGCUGCAGCUCCAGAGCGAGAAGGCCAAGGUGUUGGAGCUGAGCCGCCGCUGCCAGGAGCUGGAGCUCAAAGUCAGCACGUUCGAGAACAUCGUGAGCGUCCUCAACCGAGAGAUGGAGCGCUCCUGCACCAUCGUGGAGGCCUACAACCGCCAGCACAGACUGGACCAGGACAAGAUCGAGAUCCUCAACAACAAGGUCCGUCAGCUGGAGAGGACGGUGAGUCUGUGGGACCUGUCCAUCGUGGAGAUGGAGGGGAAGAUGAGGGAGAUGUCUGCGGCCACAUACGACAGCAUCUUUGUGUGGAAGAUCUCCGACUUCACCAAGAAGAGGCAGGACGCCGUGGGCGGCCGCGCCCCCGCCAUGUUCUCCCCCGCUUUUUAUACCAGUAAAUACGGCUACAAGAUGCGCCUGCGGAUCUACCUGAACGGCGACGGGACGGGCCGGGGGACGCACCUCUCACUCUUCUUCGUGGUGAUGAGAGGAAACAGUGACCCACUCCUCAAGUGGCCUUUCAACCAGAAGGUCACCCUCAUGCUGCUGGACCAGAACAGCAGGGAGCACAUCAUCGAUGCCUUCCGGCCCGACGUCUCCUCCUCGUCCUUCCAGAGGCCCGUCAGCGGUAUGAACAUCGCCAGCGGCUGCCCGCACUUCUGCCCACUCUCCAAGCUGGACUCCAAGAACUCCUACAUACGUGACGACACCAUCUUCAUCAAGGCCAUCGUCGACCUCACUGGGCUCUAGGUAAAGGACUGGGGCCAUUCUGUUGCUCCUCGCCACUUUAAUUUCCCCAGUCACUGCCAUCUGUCUUUGAGAACCGUCUUGUUUUUUUUGGGUUAAAGUACGGAUUGUUGGAGGGAAUAUAGAAGACCCCAACAAGAAGCUGAGCUUACUUUGACCGGUGGGUCUUCAUACGUUGUUGUUUAUCUAAAACAUUGAUUACUUACCAAAGUGACUGGAGAAGUGAACUCAGUAUACAGUGUGUGCCAAUAUCUGCCUGGGGACAGGUGUUCAUGUUUAUGAGCUGAUACUGUAGAAGCUGUCCAUUCACAUUUAAACGUUGUUUCCUGCUGCUAGUAAAUAAGGUCCAAACAAUAAUUGCUGCUAAUUUUGUUCCAAAAUAGUUAGGAUUUAACCAGUAGCUAGCAUUACUUCAAUAACUAUUCCAUCCCAAUACGUUUUUGUUGGGCCCAACAAGCUAAGAGGACACGACAUAUGGCCUUUAGAAGUUGAAUUUGCUAACGUGCUAGCAAAGUCUAUGCUCUUCUCACAGUAGUGUGGUGCAGGAAUGAGUAAGCAUUUUUACCACUUCUGUUUUUUUCGAACGCCUGGGGUUAAUACAGGUUUUUCUCAGGUUUUGUACCACGAUAUACAUACGUCAGUAAAUACCACACUGGUGUCUGAAGCUAUGUGUAAUAAAAACAGCAGUUACUAACAAGUGUCUAAAUGACACUACUAAAUGUCAGCAUGCCGAACAUUAGCCACCUUUAGCUUAGCGGUGAUUACGCGGAACCAUGCGCAAGUCAUGUAGGUCGUUUAUAGCCUAACGUUACCAUUUUACUAUUGGCAAAUGCAUACACUUCAGAAAUCAUUACAGUGGUUUUAUUAUGUUGAGAUGAUCCUGCUGAACUAAAUUGUUAGUAUCAUAAACUUGUGUGCCAAAUAUCUUAUUUUCUGCAAUAUUUGAAAAUCCAUUCAAAAACUCCCAUUGCAGUUAGUCGAGGGACCCCUUGCGAUGCCAACUUCCGGAUCGGCCUUCACAAAUAGGAAAUCUCUGCCUCCCUCUAUACAGAGUAGCAUUAGUAAUUCCUGUCUCUGGCAACUGAUGGUUAAACACCUGAAUAUUCUCUGCUUUAAGUGCCAGCCACGUCUGAGGGACAUUUAUGGCUCUUGAGCUUGUAAGAUGCUCCCCUAUGUUCUGCAGCAGGUCUCUGAUCUGAUCUGUCUGUACGUUUGUACAGUGGGUUCAUCAGACAAAAAAAUAGUUCAAAUAGCUUUUGUUACCUAAUUUUCAUGUGGAGUGUUAUAUGUUAGUUUGUGUUGUUGUUAUAGUUUGACACAACACCAAUAUUUUCAGAUUGAGCCUUAUAUCAAUGAUAGUGUUGCUAUGUAGAAUAAAGAGCUAACACACAGCGAUAGUUAUGCUCACCAAUCCGCUGCGCUCCUUAAUUUGCCAUUCGCGUGUAACCAUUUGCGGUGGUGGACAUGGCUUGAGCUCCAUGAUUUCUGUGUGUGUGUGUGUGUGUGUGUGUGUGUGUGUGUGUGUGUGUGUGUGUGUGUGUGUGGUGUGUGUGUGUGUGUGUGUGUG